AUGGAAACUGAAGACGAAGUUCUUGUUCUCGAUUUCGAUACAACAACUAGUAUGAAAAAAAUGAUAUCACAAUUCACUUGCGACUAUCGCAAUAUCGUCUCCGAGUUCGCCGACGUUGAAAUUUUUAUCAUUUCACUAGAUAGUUUAAUUGUUGAAUGUCUUGCACAUUCGUACCAUGACUGGACGUUGGCUGGACAGUCUAUCGUUCUUACUACCCAGAUCGAUAAGUUCCUACAGCAAUUCGUAAAUUUUGGUGGAAAAUUCAAAUUAGUAGUGUUCACUGACUUUGCGUCCUCAGUUCGCACGAGACACUACCCUAGGUUUCGCUCGUGCCACAGCAAUCGCACACGUUUCCACUGGACCCUUCGCAAAGUACUCGACGCGUUGUCACAAGCUGUACCGGUGGUAAUGUUAACGUCAGUUGUUGUUAAUUUUUCUUCGGUCUCUGCAUACUACAUCGAACCACGUCUUUGUGUGAAGUAUAACUGGGAAAGCUUCACAGCAGCUCACUGGGAAUGCAACAGUUCAUUGCUCAAACUGACUAAAACACCUACUUACGAUGCGUCUUCAAUCAAAUCUGUAGGAGAACUCUGGGCGCAAAUCAUUGUUGCUGCUAAGAGCAGGUAA